AUCACUAGAUAGCGUUGAAGUUGAACAUGAACGAAUUCAUUGUUAUGAAAUCUGACACGAAAUAGGGGUUUGGCUUCGUAAUAUGGCGUCAUUGAAAUAUACGCACGCAGUUGUGUGCCGCAUACCGCUGUCCUUUCGGACGAGAGGAGAAAUAGAAUUAGAAGAAGCGAAACGUCAACAUGAAGCAUACGUUCGCCUUCUGCGAGAAUUGGGUUUGGAUGUGUUAGAGUUGCCCCCAGACGAAUCCUUGCCUGAGUGUGUGUUUGUCGAAGAUACCGCAGUGGUUUGCAAUGGGAUUGCGUUAAUUACUAGACCAGGGGCGCUGACGCGCACCAAAGAGGUGGAAACAAUCAGAGCAAUCCUGAAGAAAGAACUGGACCUGCCUAUCGUUGAAAUUGGUGAUGAGUCCGCCAAGUUGGAUGGUGGUGAUGUCCUCUUCACAGGUCGGGAGUUUUUUGUGGGUCUGUCAGAGUGGACAAAUGAGGCCGGGGCACGGGCUGUGGCGGCUGCGUUCCCAGAGUUCCCAUGCACACCGGUCAAGGUGAGGCCUUGUGUAGACCCUGAUGAGAGGCUCGACCUAGAUGUGAUGCAGGUUGCAGAGUCAAGACAUCUCAAGGCCCUGGUGUCAAUGGCAGGCCCGGAUGUCAUCUGUGUGGGCGCAGGAAAGGCUGCACAGGAGGUGCUCAGGCGCAUCAAACGUGAGGCCACUUUCAGUUACCAGACUCUAACGGUGCCAGAAGACAUAGCGGCUAAUGUCCUGUACAUAAACGGAACUCUCAUCCACCGCUCUGUUGAUGAGGUCCCAGAAUCUUGCAAGGUGUUUGCUGAGCGCGUUGACUUCGCGCAGCGGACACUGAACAUGUCAGAGCUUGCCAAGGCAGGCAGUGGACUAACAUCAUGCUGUCUGCUGAUCCGUCGCACGCGGCACAUACGCAGCCUGUAACGCGCCCGUCAACAUGGUCCGCCUGCCGUCUUUUCACUUCCCAUAGUAACGGUGUUGCUGGAACAAGACUUCUUUUCCCCAUGCCAGUUACAUGCUUGUGGCUAUUUGCUUUAUAUUUUCCAUUCUUGUUUCAUAUCUUUUGUGUGACCACAAAUCAGUUUUGAAUUUCAGAUUGUGUGUGAAUGAGUUGCAUGAAAUUUGUGACAUGACACAAUAACGCUCCGCAUGCAUGCAUCUGCUUGAAAUGAGAGCCUAGAAUUGCACUGGAUACAGAUAAUGAUAUCAGUGCAAUACUAAAGAAACAGGCAUGUGAACUGGGAAAUAGAAAGAACCAGGAUAUGUAUAUGAUAAAGGGUGGAACAUGACACAUUCAUUCCUGUAUCUACGUCUUUAUAUCUCAGAAUAUUAUGUAAUUCUAAGUAUGGAACUCUUUCUAGAGUUUACAUCCUAUCAGUAAGGUAUAAAAUUAGUUUCUGUUAAUUGGAGUGAAACUCCACAAGUUUGGUCUAAUGGAGUGAGUAAUAAAUAUUGAAUGUAAUGAGAAAAUGGGCUUACUGGAUGCAUUUCACACUGGCAUGACGACCUCCACCAAGUCCAUGCAGUAAGUUUCCACAAAAUCAUGAAGCAGGUUUACGUGGUUGCUGUUGAGGGUUCAUCCAGACAUGUCUAUGUUCAGUCUGAAAUAUUGUUGCCCCAUGUAUGUAGUAAUCCUGCAGAUGUGGGGAGAACUGCUUUCUCAUCUCAGGAUCCAUUGUUUCCCUUUUGGGAUUGUCACUACUGCAACAGAACAGAAUGAAUGUAAAUUAAAGUCACGCUGAAAACUUUUAUCUGUGGGUAUUUGUUGUUUGAUUAAUAUUGUUUUCAGUGUGAAUAAUGUUGUUCUUGUACAGGUUAUUUUGUAUUUAGUGUUUAAUUAUGAUGUGUUGUAUUGAAGACAAGGUCUGAAACACGACAGUCAUGUUAUGCCUGCUUUGGGAAUUACAGAUGCAGCUAAUGGCUUGAUUUAAUAUACUAUGAAACUGUGCUUUACUGUAUUAAAUUCUCCAAGAACUUAUGCAAGAAUGGUAUGGGCAUCCAACCAGAAGUAAAUAAAUUUCUUCUGCCAAGUUUCACGUGCUCAUCCUGUCAACAGUGGUGGCCAGUCUGAGUGGCUGGUCAUCACAGAAUUUCACUGCCAUAUGAGAAGAUGGUCCAGUUUUAUAUUAGUGAGACAGCUGGUUUUGGGGUCUGUACCACAAGGAAGAGAAAGAAUAGGGCAUCCUGUUGCGUAGGAAGGAAGAAUUGAGAGAGUUCUCAUUCCGUCUGAACUGAAGGUGUUGUGGCAGGUACCCCAGCUGGACUGUGUAUAUAUAAUACUCCAGCAAGUCUUGAAUCUCAUUCCAGCAAUACAGUAGCUUUGUAAAUGUUUUAAUUUUUGAAACUGUAUAUUGCUGUACAUGACAUUGCAUUUAAUUAUUUGUAAUAAAUAUAGAUAUUUUAUUGUGUUGAAA